AUGGCGGGCCUCGCAGCCGUCCUGGCGGCCUGCCUGAUACGAAUAUCAACUUCCCAAGCCACCCCCCUGCUGCAACAAAUCGACUCGCCGGCCCUCCUGGAAGCGCAUCCUCCUGCGAGGGCCCUCACCGGAGGCGCAUGGAUGGACGUCGACGGCGACGGUGACCUGGACUUCGUCAUGUCGGGGGAUCCGGAGGAGGGGGUGCACGUGCGGUGGCUGGAGAACGGCGGGCCCGGUGAAGGUUUCGUGGCGCGGAUCCUGGACGGAGACGUCGAGGGGCUGGACGGCGGGCCGUCGAUUCUGGGUAGCCGUGCCGUAACCUUGGCAGCCGACUUCAACAACGACGGCCUGGCGGAUCUGUACACGUCCGGCUGCACCAACAGCCGAGGAAUUGGCCACCCACUGAACUGCUCCACCGGCGUCUUCUACGAAGCGUUGGGCGGCGGGCGGUUCAAGGCGCACCUGGCCAACGGCUUGAAGCCGGUGGUGAACGAAUGGUCGGGGGCGGCGGGCGACGUCGACGGCGACGGCCUGCUGGAUUUGUUUGUUGGGGAGGCCCUGCCCAUGACCAACAACGUCGACCUCAAGGGCGUGCACACGAACAAGCUGUACAUUAACAAGGGCAAUUUUAGUUUUGAAGACUCCGGCAUCGACGUCGAUAAUCCUUCGACCUGCGUCUCCACUUUCGUCGACGUCGAUCUGGAUGGCCGCCAAGACCUCAUCACGGCAUCCUGCAACCUCAUUUCUAUCGAAAACGGCACCGUGGACAUCAUCCCGGGGCCCAUUCGCCUCAUGAGAAACACCCUGGGCGAGACGGCGCAGGUUUCGUUCGAGGACGCAACCGAAUCGGUGUUCGGGAAGCUCGAAGAAGGCCUGUGGAUGGGCGUCGCCAUGGCGGACCUCAACGGCGACGGGCGAGUGGACUUCUUCUUCGGCCAGACGGGCGACCCCGAGAAGAGCCAGCAGCACCUCCUGCUGGUCAGUGCGCCGGACGGCGCCUACAUCAACGAGUCCCUCUCAAGCGGGCUCGCCUGGCACGAGUUCAACUGGGGUUCGGAUUUCGUCGACUUGGAUAACGACGGCGACGCGGACUUGGUCACAGUGGGAUCCCUCAUCGGCGCGCCCAUGUGGCUGGGCCUAAGGAACCCUGGUAGAAUGUUCGUCAACGACGGGAGUGGCAGUUUUCGGCCAAGUCAGGGGGACUUGGGGCUGGGGGAUAAGUUCUGCAGCGGGCUGGCGACGGCCGACUACGACGAGGACGGGAGCCAGGACGUCAUGGUGGUUUGCUCGUCCGCGCAGGGGAGCGCAGAUGAAGACGUUUUUACGGGAGAACCUGGCCUGUACCUGUUCCAAGGCACAGCCCGCGGGGAUCGGCACGUGGGGGUGGCGCUGGAGGGCAGCGACAGCAACAGGAUGGGCGUGGGCGCGCUGGUGCGAAUCUGCCCGGAAGGUGGCGGGGAGGGAACCUGCCAGGGGAGGGUGGUGGCGGCGGGAAGCAGCUUCGCCUCGAGCCACAGCCCGGUGGUGCACUUCGGGGUGGCUGAGCCGGCGGUCGCUGUGAAUCUGAGCGUGGUGUGGCCGUCUGGGAAGGUGGAUGAUUUCGGCGGGCUGGCCGUGGGGGACAGGUACACCGUUCGUGAAUCGGGGGGAUUGGUGAAAAUGGGGAUCUUGUGA